AUGGUGAUCGUCCUGCCGAAACAGAUUACGUCGACCAAGUGGCUCGUGGCGAAUGGACAAGGUCAGUUCAGUGACAGUCCGGUCGUCUGUCCCCGGGUGGUGCCUGAACUAGAGGUGAAAUGAGUGACAUACUGAGGCCAGGCUGAGCGCGUUCGACACUUGUGCAGGCACACCGUGUCAAGCUUGUAUAGCCAGGAAGGUAGGUAGAUCAAACAGCUUUCUUGAGGUGGGAUCAGCAGCUGAUGUGCUGUCACCCGCAGUCACAAUGCGAUGCAGGUUCGUCGUUUCCUCCAGCCUUCGUUCGCUGCUUCACCGUCAUCAUGCGCUUGGGCCGAAUGUCGGGUCGGAUUUUUUGACGUUCGGUCUCCACGGGGCAGGAGAUCUCGAGCCCCGCAACCGGGUCUUGCCGGGAUCAUUAACAUAUGUCAAGCUUAGAAACUGACCAAUAUACGUGCCCUCCACCCCCAGCCCAUCCCCGCUGCGGCGCCUGCGUCCUCAUCUCCCAAUCCCGAGGCCUCCCCGUCGACCACAACCCUCCCUGUAUCUACCUCGACCCCAACCCCGAACCGAACGGGACAGCGCAGGAAGAUCCGACCUCGCUUGCGGAUCAACUCUUUGAUCAACAUGCUGCGCAGAGGAAGGCCAAAAGGCAGAAAAGGAUCAAGGAGCUGGACAAGAGGUUGAGUACGUUUUCUUUUCGGGUCUUUGAGGGAGAAUGGGAGCGAUCGAUCGGAGGCGGAUUCUGUGGACAGGGUGAGGGCUUAUGAGGAGCUUGAGGUUGACCGGAGUUUGAUAUUCACAGAACUCAUGGAAGACAAGUUGAAAGCCCGACGAUUAUCGAACAAGAAGGACGCCAUACCCGCAUCCGAGUACACACCUUUGACACCCCCCACGGCCGAAGAACGAGACGCGCUCUUGCGCUCUUUGGUACCACGGAAGAUGCCCUCCCCACCACCACGCCACCUACCACCCACGCUCGAACCGCUCUACACAGGACGAUUCGAAGAGGUAGCCCCUGAGGUCUCUUGGAGGGCCGCUCAUCUCGGCCACGAGAACCAGAACCUCGUCGUUUCUUCACCUCAAUCGGGAUCCAAUCGAUCGGGAUCGUCGUCGGGUCAUUCGGAAGCAAGUGAAGCGAACGAACGUACUAGGAAUCAUUCGACAACGUCGUGGAAGACCACUGCUUCGUCGAUAUGGCCUCCAGGGGGACCUCCCCAUUCACCCGAUUCAAGUCGCUCGAAUCAUUCGGGUGGGUCCCCGAAGCUUCAGGGAUCGAAUGAGGCGUCAAGGUCGACUUUGGCGACGGCGUAUCAGGAUCGAGUUAUUGGUUCGAUGUCGGCGUAUUAUCCGACGCAUCAGAUGUCGAUCGAGGCGAGCAUGCCCGUGCAGCAGUAUGCACCUCAUUAUCCGGCUCAGCCCGCACAAACAGUGGUCGAUCUGAGACCGAACUCGUCGGGCAAGGCGGAAACGGAGUAUGUUGCGCAGGCCGCUUAUCCGUCGAGGUAUCAAGGUUAUGAUCAGUCUCAUUUCGUGCUUGCGGAUGGUUCGCAGCAAACGUAUCAUGGCGAUCACUCGGCUCAUCAGGUGCGGGAUCAGCGGUGCUCAUCGUCGGCACCCGCGUAUCCCGUUGAAGAUGGUGGCAGACAAUGGGUUUCGCCGGGCCAUCCUGUUUAUCACGACCAGCAUCAACAACACUCGGACUACCCGAAUACACACGAAGAAUAUGCCCAACUCGAGGUGACAUAUUCUCAGCCUUUGGGAGCGGGGAUACAGGAAGGGCACGACCAGGGUUUCUCGCAUAUCUAUCAGAAUGGCGCAGGUCAUGACCCAACGGCGGUCCAUGGGUAUGGAGGGCAGUAUAUGGGACAAUGA